AUGAGCACAACAAGCAAAAAAGAACGUUACUCGAACAAUUUGCAAUACACUCCAACCAAAUCCGGAAACAAAUCAUUUUCAAGCCCAGUAAGUCAGCAAAAAAGCUUAGAUCAGCUUGAAUUCCAAGAUGCCCAAGAUCCACUUCAUGAUCUUGAAGUAAAGAAAUAUGAACUUCAGAAUAAGAACAUGAAACUUAUUUCUGAACUUGGUGCUAUAGGAGAUACAUCCAUUCUCGAAAAGCAAUUAACAAUUUUAGAAAGUAUAUCCAGAAAAGAAAAAUUACCAAGAAUUGGUGCGUUUUUAGAUACUAAUGAACUCAAAUCUUCAGGAGUUCUUGCUCAAGAUGAAAGUUUGUCAAAUUUACCUUCAAAAGUCAAACAAUUACAUAAAGAAAUAGACGAAAAUAUAACAAAAACAAAGACUCUUAACGCAGAUCUCAAAAGUAGCAUUUUAUCUCAAAAUUCGAUAUACGUUUCAAAAGACGAAGACGAAAAGAUACUAGAGAAGAUACGUACACAAUUAGACAGUCUCAAAUCAGCAUAUACAAGAAAUCAAAAAGCUCAGCUUGAAAGUUUGAAAAUGGAAAUUUAUCUUCUUAAGACAGAACUUCAAGAUUUACAAAACUCAGAAGGCAACUAA